AUCUGAGUCAGUCAUCAACAUAAAUAAAAUAUGCAAUAAUAAUAAAUAAUCCUUUUUCGUUCUUUAAAACAGCAGCUCCCAACCUUUUUUUUUUUCUGGGGGUUGGGGACCGCUGCUUUAAAACACUAAAAAUUAGAUGACUUACAUCUCAGGGGGACUUAGAAAUGAAAACAAAUACAAUGCUGAUAUUCCACAUCUGUAAAAUGCAAAUAAAAUGCAUUUAGGAAUGUUUGAAACGUUGUGCACUUUCUCUCAACCUCUAACUAAUCUUGAGAGUUAGAUAUUUUUUGCUUUGAAUCACUGUUUCACUUUGUGAACCACUUAAAAGUUUGAGAACCAGAAUACAAACAAAGUGACUCAUCAAGAAAUCUUAGAUCAUGUGUGGGGGGAAAACAUCAGCAGUGAGGAUAAUACAGUUCUUUGCUGCCCUCUUCAGGUCAAAUGAAGAGCAGUCAUCAAAGGAAGAAGAAGCAUCAACAUGCACACGGGGAUGCAAAGUCAAAGCACACAAAGUUCACUGCAGUGGGCUUUGUGUGCUUCUAUAGCUGUGAAAAACCAUCUACACCAUAAAGACAGCAACGCAGUUCAAGCAGAAGCAGGUGUUUGAUGGAGAAGCUGAUAAAAGUGCAGUUUGGAUUCAGGAUGUGUGAAUUAAGUAUGUACACAACGCAUAUGGAUAUAUGCAUGUACUUGUAUUUCUCAUUAAGAAAAAGGUCAGCUCAGAGUUUUUGACUUCCUUCUGUGGAUGAGCACUGACACCCACACCUCUGUUACGUCUACACCUUUUCUGCUGAGGUUGUAACUUCUCUCUGUGGCUCCUUUGUUCAAACUGCACUCGUGCUGGAAGAGGUUGAACAGUGAAGUGAGAGUAAAGGAUGCUCAGGUUUUACGUGCUCCUGGUUCCUCUCUUUAGAGCCUGUAAGUCCUUCACACUCACUUUUUAUUCAUUUAUGCUGUAAAUGAGUUGCAAUUGCCUUAAAUCUCUCUAUCUUGUGUUUGUGGAACUGUGAAUUGGUAUUGCAGCAGUCUCUAACUUAUCUUGAUUUGUGUUCCAGAUGGUGCGCUCCUCUACGCUAACCUUGGAGAUAAUGUGACUUUUCAUUGCUCCUUUGCCUCCAGGGCCAAAUAUCUCUCCUGGUACAAGCAAGUCAUAGGAGAGUCACCUCGAGUCGUAUCCUCUUUCUACAAACAUUUACUCGACUCCAACAGCUUCCACCCCGGGUUUAAAAACAAUCAACGCAUUUCAGUUGAUAGUGGAGAAGAUUUCUAUCGUCUGAACAUUUUUAAUGUUCAGGAUUCUGACUCGGCCAUGUACUACUGUGGACAGACCAGCAUCUCAGUCACUAAAUUUGACGACGGAACGUUUUUGGUCCUGAGAGAGCCCAGUCACAGGACUUUCCUAAAGCAGCCAGAAUCAAACUCUGUGCAACAAGGAGACUCGGUGACACUGAACUGCACGCUGCUCAAAGGAUCCAGUGCCAAAGAAGACAACGUUUACUGGUUCAAAAAGGAUACAGUAGAUUCUCACUUGGGAAUCAUGUACAGCCACAAAAAUAGCAGCAGCCACUGUGCGAAGAAGUCUGAGUCCAGCUGCUCUGCACAGAGAUGCGUUUACAGCUUCACAAAGAAGAACGUGAGCCGGUCUGAUGUCGGGACGUACUACUGUGCUGUGGCUUCAUGCGGUGAGGUGCUUGUUGGGAAAGGCACGAGACUGGAUGUCGUAGUGAAACAGGACGAAGCUGCCCCUGUCUUGGUUAAGACUGUGGUUGCAGCUCUGGUUGUCUCAGUUAUUUUCAAUGUAAUCUUCUGUGGUGCCCUCUGCAAAAUAGUCCAGAGAAAAAAGUGUCCUUCUAAAGGGUCACUUCAACAGCCUAAUACUUCAGAAUACACUGCGAACUGUGAGAAUGAAGACUGUGCUGUUGUGCAGUAUGCAACUGUGAAUUUCAAGAAAAAGAUUGAGACAAGUAGGAGACAAAGAAAGGACACAGUCAACGACCCAAUCUACUCUGCAAUUAGAACGUCUCACGUGGAGUGAUUUUGUUCAGUCAAGUCAAAAUUAUGGCCACUGUCUCUCCUACAUCUGUGAUGUUGGUUAAUAUUAACUUCUCAAAGAAGGUUGUUCAAUUAGUUUUGGUUGUUUAUUUAAAAAAAAAAAAAGAGGAUUAGGCUCCAAGUGGAAUAAAUUUCAGGAUGUACUGAUGGAUGGAGGGUUGGGUGGGUGGAUUGCAAAAAUGUUUCCAAUGCAAUGCACCUAAAUGAGUUAUUUGAUCAACAGUGCAACAGUGCAGACAUUAGGGGCAGGACUGUUUGUGGCUGAGUGACCUAAAUUCACUUUUUCAUAACACAGUGGAAAAAAACCCCCAAAACAAAACCGCCCAGUUUCACCACACAAUGCCACUGCUGCCCAAAGUGGUGAACGAGUAGCCAACUCAGUGUUCCUGGCCUAUUUUAAAGAGGAAAAAAGUUAUUACAGGAAACACAUUUUGAUGUACACUCUUUCAUGUCUUUGGAACAAAACUACUUUCAGACAGUAUUCAUUUGUGCACACUGAGUGAAAUCACAGUGGAAUCUAGCUUAACUCAACUCUUAACUCUACUGAAACUCAGCAUAUACGUUAAAAUUUAUGAGCCUACAUUUGGUGACCCAACUAAAUUUCACUUAAACUUUUCCUGUGGGUUUGAGUUGUUUGUGAGCAUUUAAGCUGUGCAUUAAUUUUUUACCAGAGGUUGGACAAGUAAAAAAAAAAAGUUUGAAAUAACUCAAAACAUGUUUUGUAUUUUAGAUUCUUUAAAAUAGCCACCCCUUGCUUUGAUUACUGCUUUGCACACUUGGCAUUCUCUCUAUGAGCUUCAUGAGGUCGUCACCUGAAAUGUUUUUCCAAAAGUCUUGAAGGAGUUCCCAGAGAUGCUGAGCACUUGUUGGCUAUUUUGCCUUCAUUCUCACAUCUCAUCCCAAACCAUCUCAACUGGGUUUAGGUCAUGUGACUGUGGAGACCAGGCCAUCUGACGCAGCACUGACUCUCCUUCUUGGUCAAAUAGCCCUCACACAGCCUGGAGGUAUGUUUGGGAUCACUGUCAUGUUGAAAAAUAAAUGAUGGUCCAACUAAACACAAACUAGAUGAAAUGUCAUAUCGCUGCAGGAUGCUGUGGUAGCCAUGCUGCUUCAGUGUGCCUUCAGUAAAAAAAGGGAAAAAAAGAAAAAAGAAAAACCAUUAAAUGAGAAGGUGUGUCCAAACUUUUGACUUGUAGUUUAUAUAUGAACUUUAUUUUUCUAAACUAAGAGAAACAGUCUUGAUGUUGAAACAAACCUUACUAGAUUCCAGGGUCUAGAGAUUUUGUUUGAGGGUUUUGUGGUGCUUGUCUUGUGUCCUUGUUUUUAUUCUAAAUUUAUCUGUUCUUUUACUUUGUGAGGCUUUGCUCCACAUUGCAUAUGUGUGUCAGGGAAAUAUUAAGUUUAACUUUCCGUUAUUGUUCAGCUAAGGGAGCACAGUUAAUGGCAGGUAAGCAAAAAGAGAAAAAGUGCUUUAUAUUGGAAGGUAAAGACCCUAAAUUAAUACAGAGACAACCCCAACGAUCAGACAACUCCCUAUAAACAAGCGCUUUGGCAGCAGUAGGAAGGAAAAACUCCCUUUUAAAAGGAAGAAACCUCCAGCAGAACCAGGCUAAAAGAGUGGCAGACAUCUGUCACGUUGGGGUGUGGAGAGGAAGACAGGAGAUAUUCAUAGUGUGGAUAAAAACCAGAUAUUAAUAAUAGCUAAGUAAAAGUUGGUAAGUCAGUUAUCUACUGGCUGAAUCCCCAUAUUUAUUGUACUUGUGAAUUACCCCUAUUAGAAAAAUGUGACAAAUGUCCUCCAAAUGCAGGGAUGUAAAACUCAUUUUACAUCGUGGGCCACAUACAGCCCAUUUUUGACAUUAAGCAACCCAAACAGUAAAACUACAUGUUAAAUGUGUGCUUUCUAUGUGUUUGUUUUUUAUUAAAAAAAAGAAAUCUGUCUUUUAAUUGUUUCUGUUUUAGUUAAUUACUUGGUAUGCAGUAUGAAAAGAGAUGGGAAUCAAGAACCGGUUCUUGUAGAGAACUGGUUCCCAGUAGUCCAAUUCCCCAGAAUCCUUAGUCUGCCUGCAUAUCGAUCCUGCUUCUUGGUUCUUACACUCUCAGAUAAUUUUACACAGUAACAUGAAAGCAACUUAUCGAGUAGCAUAAAGAACAUCUUUCUCCUGCGUGUAAUUAAGUAAUGUAAUGCAUUACUUUUUAAGUUUUGAGUAAUGACCUCAGCAAUGAUCAAAACAAAGAGCGGAAAUGCCUCCACCAUCCACAAACAUUCGACCACUGAAUGUAAUGUUACUGAUAUGGAUAAAGCUGUUAAAUUAGUCAAAAUGUUUUGACAUUUUAAAUCUGCGUACGCCUUCACAUUUUUUGAAGGUAUCCAGUGGCACAGAUUGGUGUCUUUACUAGGCUGAUUCCUGCCCCCGGGCCUUAUGUUUGACACCCCUGCCUAAACGCAACACAUGCAGGCCUUUAUACAGUGACUGUUACAAAAACAGAAAAAAUACACACUCGCUGAAUAUGAUCUCUGGGCGAGAAUCACGUACGGAUGUGGGUUUCCGUCAUGUGCCACAGGAAACAGCUAUUUUUGUGUGAAUCACUUUCAAUUUUAGACCAUCUGAGUGAUUAAAUUAGGGUUUUUUUUUUAAGUUAAACUUUUUUUGGACUUCCUCUUUUACUUUUACUUUUUUUAAGUAACACUCUACACAUAAAGGAUUAGAAAAAGAAUGACAAAAUUAUCACAAUUAUCAGAGGAUUAUUAGGGGAUCACAUUUCUUCUCACUAUGACUUUUUAUCACUUUAUAAGCAUAUUUGUGUGGUUAUUUUGUUAGUUAUUGUCACUCAUGUCUUGUUUAUUGUGAGUUUUUUGUCUGAUUUUUGUAGUUACCCUGAUUAUGUUCCAUAUUUCCCUUCCAAUACCUCCUGUGAUUGGCACUCAGUAUGUUGGAGCGUCCUGUUUACCCAGUGCUCCCUGUUGAUUCUUUGGCCCCAGUUACAAAGCCCUAAAGA